AGUUGAUCCUCAGCUGAGUUAACACCAUGAACACUAAGGUUCUUUUCCUGCUGGGUGUGGUGGCAGUGGCUGCCGCAGACAGACUCCCAGCUUACUCCUACAACGCCCCUCAGGAAUCGGAGGAAUACUCGGCAGAAGAAUCUGAGCCAGCCAAGUACGACUUCAACUACGCUGUAAAGGACGACUACUCCGGCAACGACUUCGGGCACCAAGAGUCUCGUGAUGGUGACAACACGAAGGGGUCGUACUACGUGCAGCUUCCCGACGGUCGUCUGCAGACUGUAACUUACUACGUGGACGGUGACUCAGGCUACGUGGCCGAGGUCAAGUACGAGGGUGAGGCUCAGUACCCCGAGUCUGAAGAGUCCAGGGAGUACGCCCCACCCAGGGCCCGGCAGUCCGCCCCCCAGUCUGAGGAGUCUGUGGAGGCUCCCGUGUACGCCCCACCACCCAGGCGAUCAUACAGCUUCCCCCAGUAAGUCGUGUACAGUGAUCAUACACACCCAGUUACCAUGACCGCUCUGCCUAGACCAGUCUAUAGCUACCACCCCUUCCUGUAGUCACCGCUCUCAUGUAAAUAACUUCACUGUUCUCACAAAUUAUAUAUCUCCACAAAUAUCCCCAACCGUCAGAGAAACUAUCAAUUGAUUAUGCAUUUCAUUUUUGCUUUAUGUACAAACUGUGAGAUAUAUAAUGUAUUUAUUGAACAUAUUAAAUAUAAUUAAUGCAUCUC